UUCCGAUUUCCGUAACUAUGACGUUGCGACGUCUUGACGCAGCCUCGUCGGUGGAGGCGACAGUGCCACCGACAGUAAAUGUCUUAUAGUUAUUUUUUUACCCCCACAUUUCUGUCCCAAUUCGAAUGACAGUCCAUGAGGGACAGGGACACCCUUCAUGGAGUGAAAACCAUCGAAGAAUUGGCUGCAUGGAGGUCGUUGACAGUCCGCUCAAUCUCGCCCAUCAGCAGUGCAGGAAGGCGGAUCGCUUGCUUGCUGCUGGAAAGUAUGAAGAGGCGAUUUCUUGCCAUGGGAAAGCAGCAGAACUUCUGACAGAAGCGAUGAAGACAACAGACUGUAAGCAGGCUCGUGUGUCCAUGGAGCUGCAAAGGGACAGUCAUAUUAAACAGCAGCAUCUUAUCCAAGAGCGCUGGAAGAGGGAAGCGCGUCGGGAGGCCACCAAAGCUCGACCUGAAACGGCAGCGCCAUUGAGUAGCCCGACUGUCCUCACGCUGUCCCGGUCAGCGGGCCAGCGCCAACCCCACGGCUCCUCGGAAUGUGGAGGAGGGAGGGAGCGAGAAUACGACACCCUACUUUACCAGCUUCAGACUCGACAGGCCGGAAGCCUCCAAUCUUUGACACCCUGUCCUGGCUCUAAGACCACUAAAGAUGACAAAACUCGCCUGGAAGAACAACAGACCACCAUUGAAGACUUGAGGCGCCUGGUCAACCAUCUGAUGGAUGAAAACCAGCGGCUCACCGCCGAGAACAAGAGGCUGCAAUCGGAAAACGCCCGAAUGCGAGCGGAGGGCGCAGACUUCGUGGAGCGCUCUGAGCUCUGGGUGCUCCCUCAAGCCGGGAGCCCCGUGGCGGCGGCGGGGGGCCAGCAGAGGAAAAGUACAGGAAAAGGAAAGGAGAUAGCCAUCCCGCAGCUGCCCCCGCUGGAGAUGCCGGUUCAGGAGGAUCUGUGCUUGGAUGACCUGCCUCCUCUGGAGCUACCGGCAGACAUCCAGCAUGAACUACAGGAGCUGCUGGACAAAGAUAAACUGUGAUGAAUACUUUUUUUUUUUUUCAACACAUACAUAUAGAUGCUGGGGCUUAACAAAUGCUUCUUGGCUCGGAUGCCAAACGACCCGACAUUCAAAAUGUACGAUCAAAGAACAAAGGUAAAGCAAGUUGAGUGAAAUCAUGUCAAGUUCUACCACUGAUAUGCAGCAGAACCUUCCGAGAACGCUGCUCCUUCAUGUCGAGCACAAGAGAAGUCCUCAGUGUGCUCUGCAUCUGCGCCCCUCAGGUAGACCACUGACAAGAACUUCACGUAUAUUUCAUCGAUGCCGAUGCACAUACUCUCACAGUACACCAGCUAAGCCGGGAGCCAUGUUCCCCUCAGGAUACUUACUGCGACUUUUCAUUCUUAUUUUCUCUUCUCCACCUCGGUCAUCACAACAGGGGCCCCCAAAAUGCAUCGGUACUGAUGUGGGGACAUCAUCUACAACGUAAUGAAGAAUAACCUGAUAAAUCAUGUUCCCUACCAGGUGAAUGGAACAAAUGUGAAGUAUAUGGGAAUUUGCCUUUGACUGUAUCGCAUAUUCCUAUAUAUUGUCCUCGAGCUUUGUGUCAAGAGAUGAAUAAAGUCAUAUUCGUAUAUGCUA